GGUUGCUGUAUCGCACUUGACUCACUUAUCGACAGCCCGUCGAUUCCGAAACGAUAAGGGCCAAAAGCUAUAAAGUAAACAAGGAAAACAUCAUAUCCCCGUACAUUAUCAUUCGAUACUUGACGGUUUUCGCGGACGGAGCAAACCUUUUUGCGUUGAUUCUUGGCAAGUUCUUUGUUAAUUAGUGGUUAGAAAGUGAGGCAAUCAAAAACAUCUGUGAACAGGAAUUUUGUGUACUAGCGGCAUUCCGAUGGCUACGCUUCCGAUUUUUUCACCGACUCUUCCCUUCCUAGGGUUAAUACCGGGUGGGUUAAGCCCGGGCCGUAUGAUACGCAUCAAGGGCAUCAUUAACAGCCAUGGAGAACGUUGCCACAUUCACAUCCAAGCCGGCGCUGCCGUAAACCCGCGGGAUGAUGUCCCGCUGCAAGUUAGCAUCAGACCGAAUGAGCAUGCGAUCGUGCGCAAUUCGAUCCAGAACCAGGUGGUUGGACACGAAGAACGGUACGGCGGCUGCCCGAUACGGUACGGUGAAAGUUUCGAUCUGUUGAUACUGGCCGAAGCGUCACUGUACAAACUAGCCAUCAAUGGGAUCCAUUUCUGUACGUUUGCCCACCGAUUGCCGAUGCAUAACGCGCGAUACAUAUCGGUCAGCGGUGGUGGCGUUAUUUAUUCGAUCGUGUCCGAAACGGACGUACCGGGCUCGGUACCAGUGAAUCCGUACCCACCACCACCGUUUGUGCAACAUCCAACACCGUACGCUCCACCGAUUGGCUUUGUGCCGAAUGCGCCACCGUCGAGCUUACCGCCACCACCACCAUACACACCGUUGCCGACGCAUCCGAUCGGUGGCGGAGGUGGCCACUAUCCAGGAGCCGGCAUAUACCCACCGCCACCACCGCCGCCCCAACCCGGCUAUCCGCAUCAACCGCCGCCGGGAGCCCAUCCGCCGGCCGUGCCCUUCUCGUUUGGUUUCGUGACGAUGCCUCCUACACAGCCUGCAAUAAUGAGCCCGGGAUAUGGGGUUCCAGUGUACCCAACGGCACCACCACCACCGGCAGCGUUCAACACACCCGGACGGCCAAAGCUUCGUCAUCAGCCGGAGAGCGUUACAAAGCUAGCUGGAACGACAGCUUUAGCGGCCGGUACAGCGGCGACCUUAGCUUCUAAAGUCCUUCCUAAAGGGAAAACCAAAAAGUUAUUAAAGUACGGUGCCGCAGCUGGUGUAGCUGGUCUUGGAGGCUACGCACUGUCCAAGGCGAUGCGUCGUAAGGGCAGUAGUAGCAGCAGUAGCAGUAGCGACAGUGAUUAGAUGUUUUAACCCCACAUAACACAUAUUACCCAACGAUGAAGACACGUUAUCUGCACAUUGAAAGCAAGCACCGUUUUUUUACAAAUGCAAUAACUGUUUGAAACAAU